AUGGAUUUUUCGGCAGUCACUGUUUUAGAUACUUUGUCAGAAGAGCAUAGCUGGCUCUCUAGGAAUAUUGUAAGAGUAUAUUCACACCCUGAGUCGUGGAGUCGUGAGCCACAUUCUACCUGGGCUGGAAUGGACAUCCUCAAGAGAGUCAGCAUUAGCAUUCAUCCUUUGUCAGUUAAAAAUUCCCGAAGGAAAAAGGAUAGAAUCGCCGCUGCAAAUGCCAUUUUCAUGACGACGGAGACGACACUCAAUUGCUAUAACGGAUUCGAAAUUUCGAGGCGGAGUUUCGACCUCAUUGUCAUAGAGGACGCCAAUACGAUUGAUGAGGGCCUUGCACUCAGGCUCUCUAGAAUACCUUUCUCAAACUCGCUUCGUUGGCUAGUCAUGGGCUGUUCGAAGGGUAUUGAGCCAACAUACUUGACCGAAGACUUUAGACAAAUGGAGAUAUGCAGCUCAUGGUUCCAGCGUCUCCUCAGACACCCCGAAUUCCGUCUGAACCCCCUUCGUCUCACCGCCCAAAUGCGCUGCAGAGAGGACUUAUACCAACCAAUCAACGAUGUCUACUUCGGCGGCGCCAUCACCACUGCAUCCAAUGUUCCGUCUCCUCAUCUGGUCGGCCCCGAGUUGUGCAUGGGCUUUUUCAACACUGCGAGUAUCUGCUGGCCCAAAUACAACUUUUCCAGGUGUGACCAAGAGCUAAUGGAGCUUGAGACGCACAACCGGGAAAAAAGUCUCGUAUUCUAUAUUUUGAGCAGCAUCGUCCAAUUUUCACCAAACGCCUCACUUAUCCUCCUCACCUACUGCGACUCUCAAGCAGUGCUCAUGGAGGCCGGGUUAGCCAACAGGUGCCAGUACGAACGGCGCCUCCGCGCGCAGAUCGAGGUCUCAACGGUCGAAGCUUCCGCUUCAAAAGAAGCCGAUUACGCCGUCGUGCACCUGCCCCUGUGA